UUGUGAAGCCGUCAUCACGUCACGUUCACAAGACUUGAUGUACAGAGAGACCAGAGGCUCGCACAAAGCAGUCGAAAUCUCGCUGGUCGAUUCCAAUCGAUCCGAAAACGUACUUUCGCUCCCACAACGCGUUAGUACGCGCGCAUGUCCGCUUCAGUGGCGUCGGCACAAGCCAUUCUCCGCAAAGGAUGGCCGCUCGUGAGUCAAGCGGCAUCGAAUCCGUACGCGAACACGGGCAAAUGGAUAUUGGGAACCGCUGGUCUCGUCGUAGGCAUGAUCCACGUGGGAGGUGUGACGCGGUUGACGCAAUCGGGCUUGUCCAUGACGGACUGGAGUCCACUAGGAUCGCUCCCACCGAUUAGUAAAAAAGACUGGGAGAAGGAGUUUGAUCGAUACAAACUUUUUCCAGAAUGGCAACAACGCAAGUCAAUGACACUGUCCGAUUUCCAGUUCAUUUACGCCUGGGAAUAUGGACACCGUAUGCUCGGUCGUUUCGUUGGUGUCGCGUUUGCCAUGCCUUGGAUGUACUUUACAUUCAAAGGUAGGAUACCGAAGGGGUACCAAAAGCGCAUGGUGGGACUACUCGCCAUGGGUGGCACUCAAGGUAUGGUUGGGUGGUGGAUGGUAAAAUCCGGUCUAGGGGACGAUCGGCGUGACGAAAAGCGUGAAAUUCGUGUUCGUCCCGUCCGUUUAACUUCCCACUUAUCCAUGGCCCUGGCAACCUACGGUGCCCUGCUCUGGACGGGAUUUGAUAUACUCGGUAUUCCACAAGAAGCUAAUAUAAAGGAUCAAGUCAAAAAGCUUAGCAAAGACGCGCUGCGUCACGCGCAGAAGCUUCGAUCUACCAGCCUCGUCUUGGCGGGCUUGACGUUUUGCACGGCUGCUUCAGGCGGUCUUGUGGCCGGAAAUGAUGCAGGCCGUGCGUACAAUACUUGGCCAACUAUGGGGGAUGAAUGGAUUCCUUCGGAAAUUAUGGAUUUGGUGCCUUGGCAACGUAAUCUCACCGAAAAUACCGCCACGGUACAGUUCAAUCACCGCAUUCUAGGGACAACGACCGCGUUUACCGCUCUCUAUUUGGUAGGCGCGGGCCUGUCGCGAAACCGUGGCAUGCUUUUGACUCCCCAGGCUCGCAACGGUCUUUAUGCGGUCGGAAUAGCAGCGACCGGACAGUUCGCCCUCGGAGUCACAACUUUGCUAACGUACGUACCUUUUUCGUUGGCGGCAGCCCAUCAGCUCGGGAGUGUUGUGGUUUUUACCAGCGGUCUGUAUUUGGCGCACAGCUUGCGAUACGCACGUCCAGCAUUGGUCCGGGCGGUAGUGACAUCCUCCAUAUCGACCUCUGCCAGUACGACGUCUCGCGGUGUUACAGCCACGGUCGCACAAGUUGCUGCUUCGGGUGCCAAGGCUGUGUAACGAUACUGUUAGGUUUUUUUUGUUGCACGCGCAAGUCGGAACGAACAAAACCAAUAUUGAUUCCAGCAUGUUUAAACGUACUUGGCCUACUCUAUGUCUCGUAGGAAUAUAGCAAGAAAUGAGACUGCAUGGUGCCAGGCUCAUCCAGUUUAACGGAGGCUAUUGACCGUGCUACCCACAUUCGAUGACCGUGGUGUAGCCAGGCAGAAGCCGG